AUGGCAACGCUGAACGUGCAGUUCAAGGGGCAGACACACUCCCUAACGCUCCCCAGUGGAUCCCCAACUGUCAGCGACUUGCAGGAAGCGAUUGAGCGCGCUACGGGCGUGCAGCAGGACGCGCAGCGGCUGUUCCAGAAGCGCCGACGCGUCGACUGCAGUGACGCCGCUCGAGCGCUGGCGGGCGUGUGCAACUGUAGCCAAGAUGCUGCGCCGUUGAUGCUGAUGGCGGGCGCGUCGGCAGCGCAGAUUGAGGACAUGAAGAGCACGCAAAACGCGGUGCAGAAGGAGACGCGGAUCCGGGAGAACCGACGCGUGGUCGACAUCUCCAAGAGGAACCAAGGCCUGCAGGCGCGGGACGCAGUGGCCACGAGCUACCGCUUCCACGCUAUCGAGCCGCUCCAGAAUUUCGCCGACAAGCACAAAGCGCAAGAGAUUCUGGAAAAGUUGGCGAACGAUCGAGGCAUUCUGGCGGUCAUGGCGAAGCACAAGUGGAGUGUCGGUGUUUUGGCGGAGAUGCCGCCUGAUGGGAAGGUUGGCGUGGACCCGGUGUGUGUGCUUGGGUUGAACCAGAACAAGGGCCAGAAGAUCUUGCUUCGGUUGCGCACAGAUGACUUGCUGGGAUUCCGCAAGUUCUUGAGCAUCAAGAAGGUGCUAUUCCACGAGCUUUCACACAACGUGCACUCGGAGCAUGACUCAAAGUUCUACCAGCUGAUGCGGCAAAUUGAAAAUGAGUGCAAUGAGUUGGAUUGGACCAGCUCCGGCGGCGCUGCAGUUGGAGGCUCUCAGGCAAUGCCACACAAUGAGAGUAACUCUGAUAGUGGCAGCACAAGCGGCCAUCGAUUGGGUGGCGGGUCUGCCGGAACCAGCCGUCUCCUGAAUCCUGCAUCGCCUGCACCAAUUGCCACACCAGCGCUUGCAUCUACUACGAAGCCGGAGCCCCCGCACCCGCUACCGACCGCUAAAGAAGAGAUGUCAACACCAAUGAUCGACCUAUCAGAAGACGUUGACAUGGAGGAAACUACCGCAGAAUCUGCUCCAUUACAGCCAGCCCAAGCUUCUCAACCUAACUCACUAAAGAACACCAAUGAUCUCGAGAAAACCGUCGAUGAAGAGGUGGCAACAUUGGCAAUGAGCGUCCGCGAGCGACGGAUCCACGACGCCGUGCGGCAUCUCCAGGCGCACAACAGCGCCGAGGCCAUUGCAAGGGCCGUCUCCCUCCUCCACAAGAUCGUGUCCAACAUCAUCGCCCACCCCGCCGACGCCAAGUUCCGCUCGAUCCGGAAGGCCAACCGGCUGUUCGAGGGGCAAGUGGCCAAAUUCCCAGAGUGCCUUGAGUUCCUGCUCGCUCUGGGCUUCGAGGACCAGACCGACAAGUUCGUGUUCGUGCGCGAGGACCCAGCACUGCUCUGGAUCGGCCGCUCCACGCUGGAAGUGCUGCUGCCCGCUGCAGCAUAA